AAAAAAAAGAAAUUCAUUUAAUAAAUGUCAAUAAAAGUAACCUCAUUUGAAGAUAGUGAAGUAAUUUAUUUAUUUAUUUCUUAUACCAGUAACUGAUCCCUUUGAUUGUUUUUUUUAUACCUAUCAACAUCAUCAUCAGCAUCAUCAUCGUCAUCAUCAUCAUCAGCAGCAGCAUCAUUAUUAUCAUAGUAUAAUACAUUUUAACAAUAUUACUUUGAGUUUACAUAGUACAUGUUCUAAGUCAAUUCCAAGAUAAUGACACUAUUAGAAAAUGUCAAUAAUGAAUAUUUCAUUGAAACAAAUAAACAAAAUCAUGUUCAUCCUACUGAUAAUAAUAAUAAUAAUAAUCAAUUCAUAAAAGAUUAUCAAUUUAACCUUAAUGAUUAUUCUUCAUUAAUUGAUUAUCAUAAUGAUGUUCUACAAUUAGCUAGUUAUUAUGAACAAAUAUUGAAAAGAUAUGGGAAAAUAGAACUGGAAGCAUUAGCCUAUAGAAUAUCAGCUGCAUGUCAUUCAUGUGAAAGCCCAAACAAGUUGAAUUCAAUCAAUUUCAAUAGUCCUACAAAAUUUCGUUCAAAAAAUGAUAUCUCUUAUGAUUGUCCAUACAAUACUGAAACAUUCGUAGCUUCAUUUCAUCCACCUAUAACUUAUCAUUUGGAGGUGCAGUUAACUAGUUCCAAAUCAAUUUACUUCAAUCAAUUACCAAGUCAACCAAUUAAUUGCCUACCAAAUGUUAAUCAUCAUUUAAAUUCGUCAUUUAUGAAUAGAUUAUCAUGUAAAGUAUUUGUAGGUGGUGUGCCAAUGCGUGGAAACCAAGUGACUACAUGGACAAGAGAUCAGUUACAUAAGGGAUUAUCUAUUUUCGGCCCACUUAGUUUAAUAUGGCCGAAAGGUACCAUUAUGAUACCAUCUGUCAUAGACGGAAAUAAUUAUAACCAAGCAUUAUGUGAAUCAUUAUUGAGAACCGGUUUGAAACGAGGUUAUUGUUAUGCAGUGUUCAAUGAUCAAAGAAGUGUAACAUUGUUAUUAUCAAUGUGUUAUCGUCGUACCAAAGGUUUCUAUAUCAAUCUUUCAACAUUAUAUCCUGAUUUAGAAAAAACUCGAUUCGAUUCUUUACAAAUUAUUCCAUGGGAUAAACAAGAUUCAUUUUAUCCAUUUAUCUGUAAUCGAAACAGUGAAAACAUAAAUUUUCAAUCUGAAGAAGGAAGAACGGAAAUUAAAACCCGAACAAAAGUUUACUCCAUAUUCGUUGGCGCACUUCAUGGAAUGAUUACAGCACGAGCUUUAUUUACUAUUUUCAAUGACCUCUUUGGUAAUGUUAGUUACGCUGCGUUGGAUACAGAUAAAUAUCACUAUCCGAUAGGAUCAGGACGUGUAGCUUUUAAUUCACCACAAGGUUAUUUGGAUGCUAUAACAACAAAUUUUAUUUGUAUUGAAUGUCAGUUGUUCAGUAAGGUGAUACAAAUUGAUCCAUAUUUAGAAGAUGCUAUCUGUUCCAAAUGUUACUCAGCACCUGGAAUUUAUUUUUGUCGUCAUUUAAAAUGUUUCGAUUAUUUCUGUCCUAAAUGUUGGAUUAAUUAUCAUGGUUCAUCAAAUAUAACACAUAAACCAUUAAGACGUACAUUAAGUCCUAAUUCAUUAAAAUUUCCUAAACAUUUUUAAUUAUUUUAAUAGUUAAUACAUAAACAACAACAAAGUUUACUAUUACUAUUACUCUUUUAACCUAAACAUACCUCCCCCCUCCCGUAAAAAAGUAUCCCUUUCUUUUUUUUAUUUAUAUUCUUAUACUCAAUAGAAACGAAUUGUCUAUUCAUAUCAAAUCUUUUAAGUUUCUUAUAGAAAUACAGAAAUUCAGUCUAGAAACCCAUUGUAUAGUUUUUUUGGUGUUGUUGUUGUUGUUGUUGUUGACAAUGAAAGUGCAAAAACAAACACCAUGACGUUUAUUUACUUGUUUUUUCAACUUGAUAUUUUUUACUGUAAUUUUAGUCUUACAGUUUACAUAAUUUUCUUUCUUAAAUUAAUAGUUAAAACAUUUUCUUUUAAAAAAAAUUACUUUAACAUUUUAGUUACCAAGUCAUAAUGAAAUGUGAUAAAUAUAUGUAUAAAUCGAUUUA